AUGAGGCCCCUGCAGAAUAAUGGGGGCCCCCAUUUGAUGGAGAGUGCCAUUUUGCUUCUCUUGGGAGCUGCUGUUGGCUAUGCAGCACCUCGUGCUGCUGCAGCAGCAGCAGCAGCAGCAGCAGCAGCAGCAAACGCAGUCGCAGGGCUGCUGCAGUGCGCAGGCUGUCUGUCUGCCGCGGCGCGACUGCGCAGCAGCAUCGGGGAAGACGCCCGCAGCAGCAGCAGCAACAGCAGCAGCAGCAGCAGCAGCAGCAGCAGCAGCAGCAGCAGCAGCAACGACAGUGCCGAGGAGGAGGGCUUCCAGCCUCUCUUUGCGAAUGCAGAAGCGCUGCUGCAGCAGUCCCCCUGUCUCUUCCGCAUUUCCUCAGCAGCAGCAGCAGCAGCAGCACCUGCAGCAGCAGCAGCAGCAGCAGCAGCAAGGACUCUGUGGUUUUGCUGCCAGCUUUCAGGCCGCCAAGUAGCAAGACAAGGCCGGCAGCUGCUGCUGCAGUCGUGGGGUGUGGGGCCCCAAAAGGGUACCAGCAGCAGCAGCGUGCUGCUGGUGGGGGCGGGGGCCCUGGGGGGCCCCCUGGCCCUUUACCUCACUGGCGCAGGCGUUGGUCAGCAGCAGCAGCAGCAGCAGCAGCAGCAGCAGCAGGGGUUAGCAGUGGUGGUAGCAGCAGCAGCAGCAGCAGGAGGGGUAGUAGUAGCAGGGGUGGUAGCAGCAGCAGCAGCAGCAGCAGCAGCAGGGAUAGUAGUAGCAGUGGUGGUAGCAGCAGCAGCAGCAGCAGCAGUGGUAGUAGCAGUGGUAGUCGUAGUAGCAGCAGCAGCAGCAGCAGCAGUAGCAGCAGCAGCAGCAGCAGCAGGAGUAGUAGUAGCAGUGGUGGUAGCAGCAGCAGCAGCAGCAGCAGCAGAUAGUCCACAGAAACGAGCCAUGUGGCAUUUGACUAUUGUUGAUGGAGAUACAGUUGAUGUGACGAACCUCCACAGGCAGGUGUUCUUCACAGAGCAAGAUGUGGGGCGCAGCAAAAGCCGCAGCCUUGCUAGGGCCUGCCGCGCACUUGACUCGCAGGCCUCAGUGGAGGCAGUUGAGGCCUUCGCCGAUUGGCAGCUGACGCGGCGGCUGGUGGCGCAGCACGACAUCGUGGUGGACGCCACCGACAGCAGGGAGGCGCGAUUGCUGCUGCGGCCUCAGGGGGCCCCCAAGGGCCCAUGGGGGGCCCCCAAGGCCCCACGGGGGGCCCCCAAGGCCCCGCGGGGGGCCCCCAAGGGUCCAGUGGGGGGCCCCCAAGGCCCCGCAUUUUGCGGCAGCCACCCACAAAUAACAGCUCUCGAGCCGCGCCCUGAGUACACGGCCAAGUGCUGGUACCCCACAGUGCCGCAAUCCCGCCGUUUAUCUGCUGCUGCUUUUGCUGCUCGUCUGGCGUUGUGGGGUCCCCUGUGGCAGCAGCCGCCGCUGUCUGCUGCUGCAGCGUGGCUGCGGCGGGCAGCAGCAGCAGCAGCAGCAGCAGCAGCAGCAGCAGAAAUGAUGCUGCUCGUCGAUGUCCGGCCCCACACCCAGUUUGCUGUUGCUCACCUCCCCCACUCUCUGCACUGGCCGCUGCAGGAGCUGCUGCAGUAUGUGGAAAGGAGGCAGCAGCAGUCAGCAGCAGCAGGCUCAGCUGCUGCUGCUGAGGCCCCAGCAGCAGCAGCAGCAGCAGCAGGCCCCGCUGCUGCUGCUGAGGCUGCAGCAGCAGCAGCAGCCGCAGCUGGGAGUCUGAGUCAAAGGGACCACAGCCAGGAGGCCGCGCUGCUGCUGCAGCAGCUCCUGAGGUGUCCAUACACCCCACACCCUCUUGCUGCUAGGCCAAUUGCCCUUGUCUUCAUUUGCCGCAGAGGCAAAGACUCAGCCAUCGCCACUGAGGCCAUUCACCAGCUAAUAGCCCCUCCCGAGGGGCCCCCGGGGCCCCCGGGGGGCCCCCCCUUUAGGGGCCCAGGGGCCCCCCAGGGGGCCCCCUCAGGGGCCCCCUCAGGGGCCCCCUCAGGGGCCCCCUCAGGGGCCCCCCAGGGCCCCUGGGGGGCCCCCCUGCGGGUGUUUAACCUUGAAGGGGGGCUGGAGGCCCUUGCACGGGAGGGUCUAAUUCGCAUGCCUGUGCCAUGA